AUGAAAGCCUUGCAGUUUUGCAGCUCCCUCCAUGGGGGGUACUUCAGGGAGAAAAGGCUAGGAACCCUUUUAACGACAGGACUGAAGUCUUUUAGCACAGGGAGUGACUCCUUUGGCAGCAGCGAAAGGCUGUACAACUUCGGCUUCAGAAAAGUCACAGAAGAGAUAAAGUCAAAGCUGGUUUACAACUUAUUCAGCCAUGUAUCCAACAAGUACGACCUGAUGAAUGACUUAAUGAGUCUGCGUCUGCAUCGCUGUUGGAAGGACCAGCUGGUGAGAGAGCUGGAUUUAUUUUUAAAAUAUCAUAGCUACAAAAUGCAAGAGGAAAUUCACAAAAGUGAAGCAAUAGACGAAGGGGAGGAAAGCUCCGCCAGUCAUUCCACCUGUAAAAUAUUAGACCUAGCUGGAGGGACAGGAGAUAUAGCCUUUCGAAUAUUAGAAAGGUACAAAUAUUAUUUGAAGAAGAUGAACCAAGGAAGCAAUUUCGAUGGUGAGGAAGGCCAUCCCGAUAAAUUUUACGCAAGGUUUACCCCCGAAGUAAUUGUAGCCGAUGUGAAUAAAGAUAUGAUCGAAGUAGGGAAGAAACGAGCAAAGGAAAAGAAUCACGAAAGGAACAUCAAAUGGGUAAUUGAAAACGCAGAAAAUUUAAAUUCUUUCGAUGACAAUUCUGUAGACAUAGUUACCCUCUCCUUUGGUAUUCGCAAUUUUACGAACAUUCCCAAAUCGUUAAAGGAGAUCCAUCGUGUUUUAAAACCUGGGGGAAGAUUCUUAUGCCUAGAAUUUUGCAGAGUCAAUUGUUCCGUUUUGAAGCCGUUUUAUAAUGCCUAUUUAAUGAACAUCAUUCCUCUACUUGGUAAAAUUGUAGCCAGUAGUGAAGAUUCUUACAAAUAUUUGGCGGAAAGUAUUCAGACCUUUUUAACGCCAGAUGAGUUGUCUCAGCUUAUGCAUCAGAACUCUUUUCGAAACAUUUCCUACUCUACUAUGACCAUGGGUAUCGUCGCCAUUCAUUCUGCGUAUAAGGUUAACUAG